GUGACUAAUGAUAUAUUCACAAAAGAGGAUGGCGAGUUCUUGGUGAAGCAUGGAGCACUUCCUGAGGAAAGGAUACGUGCUGUGGAAACGGGAGGCUGUCCACAUGCUGCUAUUCGAGAAGACAUCAGCAUCAAUCUUGGGCCUCUUGAGGAGCUUUCAAACUUGUACAAAGCUGAUAUACUUCUCUGUGAAUCUGGGGGAGACAAUCUAGCUGCCAAUUUCAGCAGGGAAUUGGCUGACUAUAUAAUUUAUAUUAUAGAUGUAUCCGCUGGUGAUAAGAUCCCUCGAAAAGGAGGCCCAGGGAUCACACAAGCUGACCUUCUUGUAAUAAACAAGACUGACCUUGCACUGGCUGUUGGAGCUGAUUUGGCAGUCAUGGAGCGUGAUGCACUUCGGAUGCGGGAUGGUGGUCCUUUUGUUUUUGCUCAGGUUAAGCAUGGAGUCGGCGUUGAGGAAAUAGUAAACCACGUUUUACAAGCUUGGGAAUUGGCAACAGGAAAGAAGCGCCACUGA